AUGUCUAUACUGCGUGGAUACUCGCGACUGGCACCAGGCAAGCGGCGCUACAGUUCUGCGGCCGCGGCCACAGCAAUCUCAUCUGCAGAAGAGCGCAAGCCUCUGUUUGACAAGAUCCUCAUAGCCAACCGUGGCGAGAUUGCCUGCCGCAUCAUGCACACAGCACGCAAACUGGGCAUCAAGACCGUGGCCGCCUACCUGAUCGGCAAAGCGGCAGUGUCCGAAAGCUACCUGCAGUCAGGCAAGAUUAUCGAGUCUGGAGCGCAGGCCGUUCACCCCGGAUAUGGAUUUUUGUCGGAGAACGCAACGUUUGCUGACGAACUGGCCGAUGCCGGCGUGACUUUUAUUGGGCCACCUGGGAAGAUGGGGAGCAAGUCCGAGAGCAAGCGGAUUAUGAUAGAAGCCGGCGUGCCCGUGGUUCCUGGGUACCAUGGCGAGCAGCAAGACGCUGGGUUUCUCAAAGAAAAGGCGGCAGAGAUUGGGUACCCGGCAGUGCUCGGCGGCGGUGGCAAGGGCAUGCGGAUUGUCAGGGGCGCCGACGAGUUCGACAUGAUGCUCGAGGCGUCGAGACGAGAAGCGAUGAAAUCAUUUGGAGACCAGAAGUACCUGGAGACCCCGCGCCACGUCGAAGUGCAGAUAUUUGCAGACAGCCUGGGCAACGCCGUGCACUUGUUUGAGCGCGACUGCUCGGUGCAGCGCCGCCACCAGAAGAUUAUCGAGGAGGCGCCGGCACCCGGCCUGCUGCCCGAGAUCAGACGCAUGCUUGGUGAAAAGGCCGUGCAGGCCGCCAAAGCUGUUGGAUAUGUCGGCGCCGGCACUGUCGAGUUUAUCAUGGACUGCAACACGCAAGAGUUCUUCUUUAUGGAGAUGAACACGCGUCUUCAAGUUGAGCAUCCAGUCACCGAGAUGGUCACGGGCACGGACCUGGUCGGCUGGCAGCUCGAGGUCGCCGCCGGCAACCGCCUGCCGCAGCUGCAAGACGAGAUCCAGUGCACUGGCCACGCCUUUGAGGCGCGCAUCUAUGCUGAGAACACCGACACUGGGUUUUUGCCCGACACCGGCCGCCUGGUGCACCUGAGGGCACCGGCAGAGUCGCCUGAUGUGCGCGUUGAGACCGGCGUGAGGGCUGGCGACACAAUCUCGGUGCACUACGAUCCAAUGAUUGCCAAGCUUGUCGUGCGCGGCUCUGACCGCCGCGAGGCCCUGCGAGUGCUGCGCAAGGCGCUGGCUGAGUAUGAGGUUGUCGGCGUCCAUACCAACUUGGGUUUCCUGCGCCGUCUGGCCGCCAGCCCCGACUUUGCUGCUGGGGACGUUGAGACUGGGUUUAUUGAAAAGCACCCGGAGCUGUUCCCAACCAAGCAGGCGGUUCCCGCUGACACCGUAGCGCUGGCUGGACUGGCCUUACUGGCCAACACAGCUGCGCAGCAGGCGGUCCGAGUUGACUCGCUGUCGCCAUGGGCAGCCACUGACUCCUUCUGCAUCAACACCGCUGGCUCGCAAUCGGCGGAAAUCACCAGCAGCGACCACACAUACAAGGUCACUAUUUCCGGCAACACUGUCAGCGUGGCCAAGGCCGAUGGCGCUGUGAGCACGUUUGAAGAUGUGCUGCCUGAGUGGACGCCGCGGGAAAACGGUGGCACGCUGCGGGUGCUGCUGGGCGGCCGGCUGUGCAGUGCAUCGGUUGUGUUUGGCCAAAAGGACCAUUCAGUGUCGGUGUUUGACCAGGGCACCGCCACUACCUUUCAUGUGCCGCAGCCGCAGUAUGUCGAGGAUGAGGGCGCGGGGCCGGCAGGGUCUGUAGCCGCGCCGAUGUCGUGCAAGAUUGUCCAGGUGCUUGUUGAAAAGGGCGCUGUUGUUGAAAAGGGCGCGCCGCUUGUGCUCCUUGAGGCCAUGAAGAUGGAGCAUGUCAUUCGGGCACCCUCGGCCGGAACCGUCACCGAUGUUUACUACAAGGUCGGCGAGCUGGUGGACGAGGGCAAGAGCCUGGUGGCGUUCGAGGCCGCCACCACUACUGAAUAG